UGUCGUCCCGUUGAGCGGAGCCACACGUUCCUUCCCCAGUUCUCCGUCGCGGCGCGCGGCCGGUAUGUGCCCUCCACGCAACCGCCACUCCCUCGGUUUCUUGCUCGGAACACGACCGCCAGUUGAUGCCUGAUUUGCUUGCCUUCCUGCUCACUCUGCGCCGCGCUCCCUUCCCACGCAUUCCCCCCGUCGUCCCACCCCAGCACCAGCAGGAGAGGCCCACGAAGAGAGCGGGCGCUGCCGUUCAGCUUCGAUCUAUGGCCGCCGCCGCCCCGGUGGCACCCGGGAGCGGUCGCGUCAGCCGCCUGCGCCCGCGCCCGACCCGGGUGGGGCUGCGCGGCGCGGGGGCGGUGGUGGCGGCGGCGGAGGGGCCGUCCUGCCUCUACGUGGGGCCAAUCGAGACCGCCAGCCAGGAGAAGCUCGAGGCGCUCUACCACCAGGCCAGGGAUUCCUACUACAGCGGUCAGCCAUUGAUCGUCGAUGACAUGUUUGACAAAGUUGAGCUGAAGCUCCGGCUUUAUGGCUCCAAAUCCGUUGUAAAGUACCCCCGUUGCAGCCUCAUAAGGCAGUCAACGUAUGCCGAUGCUGAGGAGGACCAAUCAAUGUUUAUGGCAUUAUCAAGCAUCUGGAUGUUGCUACUCCUGUUUGGCACCUCAGCCUUCCUUGUUCCCAGUCUCUACACCCUGAACCUUGCGUUUGGAGAUGCAUUCGGAGCAAGGCACCUCUUGUACGGUGCAGAGUCCCUUGAUGCGAUAACAAGAGUUAACGACUUGGCUUUAGUUGGAUUGGGCUAUCUGGUUGGUUAUCCCAUUGCAUCUGCGUCCGUUGGUGCACUGCGAGGCUUACUGUCUAACAAUUUGGUUGCACUGAAAGGCUCCUGCCCGAAUUGUGGUGAGCAGGUAUUUGCAUUUGUUAAGACAGAUAAAUCCAUUCGAGCACCUCAUAGAGCAGAAUGUCAUGUCUGUGAAUGCCCAUUGGAGUACCGCACCAAAAUUGAGAAAUCGUUGUCAGGGCCUAGAAGAACCUGGGUCUACGGCCGAGUUUAUCUAGUGAAGCAAGGGCAUCCUAGGAAACGGAAGUGGAUAAACGACUAAAGUUCCAAUGGCAGCUGCUGAAGAAAGUUAAGAUCAUCUUGUGAGAUAGCACUCUUCUGAUCAAUUGAAUCAUUUUUCAGAUGCCACUCUUCUUGAUCAGAAGGGCUUAUUGUGUACGAAUCCAUUGAAAGAUUGAUCAAGCCAAAUAUUUUUGUAAAGCAUAUACAUUCCUUUCUGAGAUUUCCAAAUGCUGCAGAUGAACCCAUGUUGCAUUGUAUUCUUUUCUUUUUUUCUGUUUUAGAUGAACCCAUUUUGCAAUGAUAAACACCACUCAGGAGGCUA